AUGAGUACCGAAGGUCCAGGUGCUCUGUGUGGAGUAAGAAUCGUUAAAGGGGCGAUCAUAAUUAUCGCAGACAUAACCAAGAGCCCAGGCGGUGGGUGCCGUACAUCAUCAAUGACUAUGGCUGAGAGUGUCGUUGUUGAUGCCGUGGCUGCGCCACCAGGUCCAAAGAAGACUUUACCUUCUUGUGUCAAUGAUAACACGAAAGUACCAUCAGCCAAUCGGAAUCAUUUAUCUCUUCGUAAAAGAAGGCGUUUGAACCAAGUCUUAGAUAAUCUUCAGGCCCAUAAAAAUCUUCCAAAUGAAAACGAAUUAUCAAAUCGUUUUGAAUCUACGUUAUUAGCAUCAGAAGAAGAAGAGGAAGAAGAAGAGGAUAUUUUCAGUUCUUUGAGGCCCCCGAUAGGUUUUUCAAGGCUUGAAAAGUCUGAAUUAACUCUCACACAGAAAGUGAAAGAAGAACCAAUAGAGUACCUAACGGAAGAAAGAAUUCCAGAAAACAAUGAAAAAAAUCGGAAAAAUCAGCUGUCUAUCAGUCUUCGAAGUUAUCAUAGACCAUUUUUAAAAUUUGCGGAUUAUAGCUGCGUGGAUUGUUCGAUUCCUACUAUCAUGCUACCUUUAUCCAAAUCGCGUUCUCUUGCCUCUUCAACUGCAGCAAAGCCUCUUGAUUCGAGCCGACUGACGCCAGUUUCACCAUUUCCUUACACUUUUGAGCACUAUUUGCACACAAAGUAUCUGCCAACAGCUGAUAAAAGGACAACUCAUUUGGACUUAAAUAUAACUUGGGAUCAACUGCCACUUGAAAAAAAUUGCCACAUUGUCAAAAGUGACUACUUAGAAAAUCUUAGUACUUGCCCACAAGAAUCACCAUUAGAUUUAUCCAUGAAAAACUUGAAUAUGAACAGGCCAGCAACACUUCAACUGCUAUCACCUGGUCUUGUUAGCAAAACAACUGUGAGUGUUCCAGUAGUUCGUGGUGAUGUCGCAUCACCAACAACAAAAGAGACUGUUGCUUUUCGUUAUAAUUUAGAAGUGUCACCUGUCGUUGAGGAAAUGCCUCCUGGAACCGAUGUGGCUUACGUUUGUCCAGUUUGUGGACAGAUGUUUAGUCUUCAUGAUAGACUUGCAAAACACAUGGCUUCUAGGCACAGAAAACAAGGAUCCAAAGAUGCGUCUGCAAAAGCAUACUGCUGUGAUGUUUGUAACCGAAGUUUUGCAAGAUCUGACAUGCUGACAAGGCAUAUGAGAUUACAUACUGGAGUCAAACCCUACACAUGUAGAGUAUGUGGACAAGUAUUCAGCAGAUCGGACCAUUUGAGCACUCAUCAGAGAACUCAUACCGGAGAAAAACCAUACAAAUGUCCGCAAUGUGUCUACGCUGCCUGUCGAAGAGACAUGAUCACCAGGCACCUCAGAACACAUGCUAGAUACUCAGAUGGACAAAAUAAAUGUGAAGAAAAUGAUAAUGAGAGUUCAACUCAUUUGCUAGAUUCAUUCACUGUUAAAACUGAAUGACGAUAUUAUCUUUAUCAUUCAUUUUGUUCUGGAAUAUUUAAUGAAGCUGACUGGUUUAGUUCUAUAUAUUUUUAAGUAAGAAUUUAACUGAAUCCGUCUAUUUGAUUAAGUUUUUAAUCUAUUGAGUCACAUUUAUUAAAUGUUUUGUUUCUGUUGAAGUGUCAUUUGAGAAAACAGGCAUCAGAUAAUCACAAAAAAGAAAAAUUGAAAACCAACUGCUGACGAAGAAACAAUAUUAAAAUAUCGACAAAUUAUUUAUCAUUAUGAAACAUAAUUACUAUGUGCAUCGUCGAAUUUUAAUAUUUUUUUUUCAUUCAUUAUAGACAAGCAAGCAACCUAGCAGUAUUAUCAGUUACAUUAACUAUUAAUGAGCAUGCUUCAAAAAUUUUUUCUAUUGAUUUAUUUUCAUGGGCAUUGUUGUUUGAAAAUGCCCAAUUUUUUCAAUGCCAGCUGCUACUAUUAAUGACGGUUGUGCUUUUUUUUAUCUUUACCUAUCUUUUUAGUCGUUAAGGUUGAUUCCAAGCCAUAUUCACGUACUACUGCUUGAAAAGUUCUUUAGUAAUAUGUGUGUGAACAGAUAUACGCUAGCAAGUAAAGUGUAGAUCAUACUCUACAUACAAUGAUAUAUGCUGGCUGUUGCCUUCAAAGCAUCACUUGGACAUCCAAAAUCCAAGAUAAUAGCCUAGAAAUAAAAUAGUUGGAAGUUACCUUAUUAAUUUGAAGACACGGCUUAACGUUAUAACAAUAAUGACAUCUUCUAUAACAAAAUGUCAGAAAUUUUCCCAAGUUCGCUAUCCUGAUUUUUGGAUGCCCUAGUGAUUUUUGAAGCCUCUGUCUAUUUGCAUCUUGCUUCUGGAAAGAACAAAAAAAUUUUAGUGUUCAAAAGUUUAUUUUGAAAACUAUGUUGAGAAAAAAAUCUCGAAAUCUUAACUAAUUUCGUUUUCCAAGCACAACAAAUAAAUAAUAAAUUGAUAGUCAAUUCAGGGUGUUCUACCAGGAAAUAAAAUUGUUAAGAACAGAAAUGUCAGGAUUCAUCGAUCCUUGCGUAUAAAAGAUGUCAACUCCGACAAGAGGGGUUAUUCUUAAUAGUAUAUUUCGUUACAAGUGCCCAAGCAAAGAGUGUGCUCACAACGAAUCUGGAGGGGCAAGCACGAGCCUUGGCGAGUUGUGAGAGGGCUCUCUGAUUGGGCACAUGUAUCGAACUAUAUUUUAUGUUACUAGAGACAGUGGUAAUAAUGUGUGAAUUUCCAAAAAACGCACUACCCCUCUUACGCUUUGGAAAUUUACACAUUAUUCCCACUGCCCUUGUAACAUAAAGAAUUUUUAUGACACCAUGGUGUAAUUUCAAAUCAACUUAUUUAAUUUUUAAGAUUUUAAAUCAAUAAAAUUUUUAUUUUAGAUCAUUUAAAUAAAGGUUUUUUUAUUUGCUGCUAACAAAAAAUGUUAAUUACUUGAUAUUAAAAGUGACUAAAAAUCAAUAAUCUAAAAAAGUAAAUAACGUUAAACAAUAUUUAGUUGUGGUUUUACGUGAUUUAUGCUUGAUUUUAAAUAUUCUGACAGCAUGAUUUUGUAUAUUGGAUAACUCUUUGCUUUGACAUUUGUUGUCUCAAAAAAUGAAUAGGAGAAUAAAUUGAAAAAAAAUUGACAGUUUAGAUAGUUAUUUCAUUUGAAAAAUAAGUCUAAAAAAUAUAAUUUACGAGAAUUUCAAUAAUUCAGAGUCAACCAUAAUUGGAGCAUUUAUUACUUUUUUCAACUUCACAGUUAUUGUUCAUUAAGUUUUAAAUAUGUGCCAAAAUUUUUUUACGUUUUAGUUCAUAUGACUAGAUUUGUAUAUUAUAAAUUUUUGAAACGCAUAGUUUUUUUUAAAGAAUUAUGUCUUUUUAUAUUAUUUAAUUUUUCAAUUUUGAAAUGAAACAAAUUAGUUCAAGAAUUAUAUGCCUCAGGUACCUGUUACUAUUUCUAUCUGCUAGCACACUAACACAAACAAUUGCUAUUGUUGAGAGAAAAAUGCUACAAUCUAGCUGAUUUUUUUUUGUAAUUUGGGGCUUCAAGUUAAAGAAAAAUAUUUCCUUUUCCUGAAAACUGUUGCCAUUUGGACAUAAUUUUUCAAGAUUCAGACCGUUUGUAUUUUUUUAGGUUUAAGAGAUUAUUUUCGGAGCAGAAAGCAAGCUUUCUGUUCAUUUUGAAAGCUAUUUUAAUCGAGUUCGAUAAAUAAUCGAUUAAGCUGGAACAACAUUGACUCUUUUCAAUGAAUUUAUUCAUUAGUUGGAAAAAAAAUGUUCCAACAAUAAUUUUAUUGUUGAAUAUUGUUCCAAAAUAUAAUAAAUAAUUUUUUUUAUCGAAGUAAUUUUACAUAUAAAUAUGAAAAAAUAAAAUUUUCUCCAUCAGCAUAAACAGUUUAUUAAUGUUCUGUUCAUGCGUGAUGGUUCGCGGAGUAGCGAACAAGAUUUUACAAGAUAAUCUUAAAUUAGGUUAGGCUAGAAAUCUCCUUCAGGUAUAUUUCGUUCAAGAACCAAAAAAAUUGUACUUAUAUAAAUUGAAAAAGUUAAUUGAAUAUUGGCAAAUUCAAAAAUACAUUUUGGUUAAUUUUCAAAAUUUAUUGCUUUGUUUUAUUUAUUUAUUGUUACUAUUCAUUUUGAUAAAAAAAAACUCAUCUCAAUUAAGUUAACCAGUCUAUAUUUCAAAAGGAUCGCUCAAAUGAUGACGAUUUUUACUCAUAUUGAUUGUUUUUUUUAAAGAUAAUGACAAUGUUCUGAAAUUUUUUACAGAGUCAGAUUUUCAAAUUGUCAAUAUGAUGUUAUAUUUAUCUUUUCAUGUUGUUCGGAGGAAGUUUUCAUAAUUAUUUUAUUAAAAAUAAUAUUCAACAUUAGCUCUUGUAGGCAUCUUCAUCAUUUUCAAAAAAUAGAUAUACUAUAAAAAGAGUCUAUACUAGAAGUCAAGUUUCGUUGAUCAAUUGAAAAAUAAAAUUUUUCGAUAGGUCAAUAAUAAGUUUCCAUUUAAAAUCUCUAAUAAAAUUAGAUGUAGCAACAUAUGGCUGGCACACACACCUACACACACUAACUUGGACUAAUAUUGUACAGAGUGCAAGCAAGUCGCGCUUUAAUUUGAUCCAGGCACGUUCUGUUUUGAAUGGGCAUUUCAAAAAUUUUACCCGAUUUUGACGAAAAAAUUAUUUUAAAGGUAUUUCGACCUCCCGAUUUCAAUAAAAUUUUUUAAAAAAUUCUAUGCCCCUGGGAAAGGGUUAAAAAAAAUUAAUUAAAAAUAAAAUUAUUGAUUCCGCGAUCUAUGUUAGAAUAAGAUAAAAAUGUUCCAAAUAAAAGUUGUAGAGAAUAAUAUUUUAGGGGGGGGUUAGUUUUAUAAGUUUUUUUUUUCAACCAUCCGUUUUCGCGUAAUUAAUUUUUAAAGUUUUAUAUUUUUUGAUUAACGCGUUUCCCCUCACGAGUCACCACUCAAAACUCUCCUGCGCGAUCGCGAUAGAUAUAUAAAAAAGAGAGACAGUUUUAUUUUGACCCGACGUUACCCGACGCUACUCGACUGUACCCGACUAGACGCACACACGCACACACAGCUGUUGUAGUUACACGCACCGUAAUAGUAUUAGUUACAUAAACUUUUAAAUUCGAUUUCAAUCAAUUCUCUCAAAUCACGGAAAAAUCACAAAUAACUUUCUCAAUAAUCGACGGAAAAAAAAAUAAAAACGGGAAAAUUUUCUUUAAUCGUAGUACAUUAAUUUCGUUGUAGGACAUUUUCCCGAAAAAACCACCCCUUUUCCCCCAAAAAUAAUUACGGGCCGCGAGAAAAUAGAAAUAGCAAUAUUAUUAUGAGCAUACGAUAGUUUAUUUAAUUUAUAAUAUGACUAAAAAAAAAUUUUUUGAAUCGAUAAUUUUAUUUUUAAUUAAUUUUUUUUAA